AAAAACGCUUUACGGCAUGUCUUCUGUACUGGCGACGCUGUACUUAUGCUGUCUGAAGUCUGCAGCUCACAGCAGACGCUAAAUCCAUCUUGGUUCCACCUGGAAAAUGGCAUCUCACAUUUUGAAAUAUUCAGUCUUUCUUCAGAAGUACCGGACACCACUGCUCAUUACUUGCUGUGGUGGGGUCUUUGCAUUUAAUAUGUUCCACCAUGUUUUCCCUGGAGUGUCAUAUAGACUGUUAAAUCAGGCCUGGUACCAUGGAGGGCCAGCUACACUGUCUAAAAAUCUGGAGGGUGUGUUUCAGCAGGUUUUAAUGGACUAUGGCAUCAGCUCACCCAACAAUUUUUCUGCUUUUCCCUCCUCUGGAUUCCAUCCGAUUGGUGCAGGCGUCCCUUGGCUUCCCGCAGGCGCUCACAUUGGACUGCCAUUAAAUUUAAACAGCACAGCUGAUGACCUGAGCGGAAUAACCAAACACACUGUUGUCAUCAAUGAUAAAAGAGUAGACUGGAACAGCGACUGUGGUACCACUUUGAAGGAAGCCCUGGUGUUUUCCCCUGAGGCACAGAAGUUUGCCAUAGCGCGAGAAGUGGCUGUCUUGCAGAGCGGCGGCCCUGUUGUGAGUGCUGCUGUGGCGCCGUUCUGCCUGGGUGGAGUUUGGGUUUACAGUGUGGUGAUGAAGCAGGUGUUUCAGCUCCACACUGGCCCUGUGCUCCUCCGUGCUGCUGUGAACAUUCUGGCGCUUGGGAUUGGUGCUGUGUCCUACUUCUUCACCUCAGAUGCUGUCAACCAGUGGAUUGACUAUAGCUCAGACCGGCAUGCAGCAGGACUGUCCCGCGACUAUGCCAAGGGAGGUGUAGAGUUUUAUGAAAAGAUACUCUCCAGAAACAGAGUGCUGUGCUGCUUAAUGGGAGAGAAGGGAAAGAAGACCUUUGCUCCCAGUGGGAACUUACUUCCUGCUCACUUUCUUCAGAUGAAACACACACCUUGCACAUCCAGAAGAGACAGGAUCCUUGCUGCGCUGAAAGAGCAAGAGGCGUGAAAAAGCAAUCUUGUUAAAUUGAAACACGUCUCGGAGUGUCACCUGAAUGUUAGUGAAUUGACUGUAACGCCACUUUCUCACAUGGAUUGGUUCUAUUUAUGGAAAAACAAACGAC